UCCAUCGAGCGGUCGGUCAGUUAAAGCUGCGUAGUCUCACGUUCGUCCCGGGCAGCGGGUUCUCUAGUUCAAGUUCAAGAGUCUCUCAAGUCUCAACCCACAUGCUAUACACAUUCAUAUCACAUUCCUGACCUCGGGCGGGUGUUCUUUAUCUUCGGACCAAAGAAGAACGCAGUCGCGGUGCAUCAUUAGCAUUAUUGUGCGACGCUUUCUCGACUCUCGCGAGUGCAUCUCUAGGGCGGACGGGCCCCGCCGAGUUGGGUGUUGUUCUAGGAGGCGAUCUGCGCCGCAGCAUUUUGUUUGAAGCUCGGUAUCAGCCAACGACAAGUGGAAAGGUGGAUAGUUCGUCAUCAUCAGUGUCGUCAUCCAGUCCGCGGUGUCCAGCAGUGCAGUUGAAAGAAAGAGUGCAACGCAAAGGUGCACACGACAUUCCACGAUGACUCGCACUUGCCGGUUACUUUGGAUCGUUUCGAUCACCUUAUGCCUUACUGCCGUCCAGCUCGCCCAUGCCCAGAACCCCAGAUGCUGUGAGGACUACUGCUACAGUCGCGAUCAUGACCGGAGCCAGUCGAAGCAUUUCGCCACCAAAACUUCAUACGAAUUGAUCCAUGGAUCGUCCUCUAGUCGGGAGCACAUCGUUCCGAACUGUAUUCCGUCCAAGCUUUGGCUGCUGAGCCGCCACGGAACGCGACUACCGGGUAAAAAGGAUAUCCAGGUCUUACCACAGGCUUUGAACAAUCUUCGUGAAUCGAUUCUGGACAACUACGACAACCGUCGUACGGCUCCGGAUAUCGGUCGCAUGUGCGCAGACGAUUUGGAUCUUCUGCGAUCGUGGCGCUGGGAUCGAAAUAUCUCCGUGGAGUACGAAUCAUUCCUCACCGAUCAGGGAUGGAGCGAUUUGAAGCUGUUGGCCAGACGGGAGAAGGAUCGCUUCAACGAAGUGUUCAACUGGCCUUACGAUAAGCAGCGGUAUUUGUUCCGUCAUACAAAAUCCCAGCGUACCGAAGCUAGUUUCAAAGCGUUUGUGGAAGGUCUGUUUGGAGACGGGGCGUAUAAUUUCAUCAAUGCGGAGCCAGAACCAACUGACGAUACCCUCCUGAAGCCUUACGACUUCUGUCCGGCAUAUGAUGCCAACAAGGACAAGAACAAGCAACCGGACUCCGAGCUGAAUAAGUUUCUGCGAUCACGGAUAUAUUUGCAGACUUUGUCGGAUAUUUCGACUCGUUUGGGUUUCCGCUACAAUUUGAGCAACGAUCAGAUCGAAGCCAUGUGGGACAUUUGCAGGUACGAGCAAGCGUGGCAUCUACAGCAGUACAGUCCCUGGUGCAGUGUCUUCACCAAGAACCAGGUUAACAUAUUGGAGUACAAGGAAGAUCUUAGGUAUUACUAUCAGAACAGUUAUGGCUAUGAGAAGAGUGCUGAUCUGGCUUGCUAUGCCGUUAAUGAUAUGGUUAAGAAUCUGGGACGUUCGGACGGUCAGCAGGUCAUAGCCUACUUCACCCACGAAGCGGAGAUUCAGAUCUUUUUAACAGCGCUAGGUGCUAAGAAGGAUAGGGAUUCGCUGCGGGCGGAAAACUACUACGCCAUGCAGAACCGGAACUUUAGGUCCAGUGAGUUGACCCCGUUCGCGGCGAAUUUGGCAGCUGUCCGGUAUCAGUGUGCCGAUCCGGUAGAACCCGUGAAGGUCAUAUUCUUCCUCAACGAGAAAGCGUUGAUGUUCGACUGGUGUCGAGUUGGUCUCUGCGACUGGUCCGAGGUGGUACGGCGCUACGAGCGAUAUACGAAAGCGGACUGUGCCAAAAUGUACUGCGGUGGAAGUGGGGCCUCCAGCUGGGCGUUGCAUUGGACAACUAUGAUGGGGAUCGUGUUGACGAUUGCUGUCGGUCUACUGCAACGAUGAUUUUUAGCUGCCCGACAGUAUUAAUCGGUAAUAAAGUACAUUUUAGGAAAAAAG